AAACGUGUACGAGGACCUGUGGGAAGAUACAGUGUCUCUGUGCAGCGCAUAAGUCUUCACCUCAAGGUUUGUCCCCGACAGCUGUCUUUGCACUCAUCAUGGUUGACGCCUUCUGUUCCACCUGGAAACUUGUAGACAGCCAGAACUUCGAUGAGUACAUGAAAGCUCUUGGUGUUGGUUUUGCAACCAGGCAAGUGGGCAAUGUAACCAAACCUACUAUCAUCAUCAGCAAGGAGGGAGACAAACUUGUUAUAAAAACGCAAAGUACUUUCAAAAAUACAGAAAUAUCAUUUAAACUUGGAGAGGAGUUUGAUGAAACUACAGCAGACGAUAGGAACUGCAAAUCUACUGUGAGCCUGGACGGAGACAAGAUAGUGCAUGUGCAGAAAUGGGACGGCAAAGAGACCAAGUUCGUCCGGGAGAUCAAGGACGGCAAGAUGAUCAUGACUCUUAAUUUUGGUGAUGUCCAGGCUGUGCGCACGUACGAAAAGGCCUAAGUUCUGCAUGGAGUGCUUCCUCUUCAUGGACCCAUCUCAGUCCUGUUUACUGGACUACAGUCAAUAAAGCAUUUUUGUUUACGGUUUGCAUAGAUUUGCACUUCACCUGCCCAAAUGUUUUAUAAUAUGACUUGGGAAAUGUUUUUAUAAGCAACUUUUAUAUAAAAAUCUGUUAAGCACUUGUUUUGUUUCCAAUGACCUUAAAUGGUUUUAUACUAAAUCAACAUUUGUGAACUUGUGCAAAACAGAUUGAAAUAAAUUACAGCUCCUGA